CUUGCGAGGUGCUUGAACAAGCCGACGUGGAGAGGGAGGACAUCAAAGAAGAAGCAACCCAAUAUGGCCAGCAACCAAGGAAGUGUCACCGCAACUGGGCCACACUAUGGUCUUGUUGUGGCUGUCUCUGACGAUGGAGUCAUCGGUAUUGACGGUGGUCUGCCAUGGACACUCCGUGGCGACAUGGCCCACUUUGUCUCGGUCACCAAGGGUCUGACCCCGCCAGGUGUGGUGGCGGAUGAGGCGGCGCGAGUGGUGAUCAUGGGCCGCAAGACUUGGAAUUCGAUACCGCAGCGGUUGCGGCCGCUCAAAGAUCGGGUCAACAUUGUGGUGAGCAGGACGAUGCUGGAGACGCCCGAGGGCGUGCAUCUGGCGCGAUCGCUGGACGACGCGCUGCUUGUAGCGUCGCUAGUUCCGCGGGUGGGCUUGGUCUCCGUUCUCGGUGGGUUCCAGCUCUUCGCAGAGGCGAUGCAGGACCCUCGAUGUACGUGGGUGGAGCUGACCGAGGUGCACACAGCGGUGCGCGAGGGCGUGGGCGCCGGGGCGGCCGUGGUGACCAACUGGCCAGGCGAGGUCGAUCUGGCGGCACAGGGCUUCUUUGCGGAAGUCUCGCGGUCGGAGCGCCACGAGGAGAGCGGAAUCGAGUUUGAGUACGUGCGUUACGAGCGCAUCCGCGGGCCGAACCGCGGCGAGCUCGGGUACCUCGAUCUCAUCCGACGGGUUCUCGCCGACGGCUUUGAGCGCGACGACCGGACAGGAGUGGGCACCUUUUCCCUCUUUGGCGAGAAGCUGGAGUUUGACCUCGGCGACGGCUUUCCGCUCCUCACCACCAAGAGGGUCUUCUGGCGCGGAGUGGCGGAAGAGCUGCUGUGGUUUGUGUCGGGCUCGACCAACGCGAACGAGCUGGCGGCCAAGGGUAUCCGCAUUUGGGACGGCAACUCGUCGCGCGAGUACCUUGACUCGAUUGGGCUCACUGAGCGUGAGGUCGGCGACCUCGGCCCGGUCUACGGCUUCCAGUGGCGGCACUUUGGAGCGGCUUACACUGACAUGCAUGCCGACUACAGCGAGGAGGGCGUCGACCAGCUGGCGCGGAUCAUCGAGACCAUUACCACCAAGCCGCACGACCGGCGAAUGGUCAUGUCGGCGUGGAACCCGGCUGCGCUCGCUGAGAUGGCGCUCCCGCCUUGCCACAUGUUCUGCCAGUUCUACGUGGCCGACGGCAAGCUCUCGUGCCAGAUGUAUCAGCGGUCGUGCGACAUCGGCCUCGGCGUGCCGUUCAACAUUGCGUCGUACGCGCUGCUCACACACAUGGUUGCACACGUGACGGGCCUGGGCGUGGGCAAGCUCACCCUCGUCAUGGGCGACGCGCACGUGUACAAGAACCACGUCGAGCCGCUGCAGCGGCAGCUGGAGCGCUUCCCGCGCGCCUUUCCCUCGCUCCGGAUCAACCGCGAGGUGGCUUCCAUCGACGACUUUGACUUUACCGACUUUGAGGUUGUGGGCUACAAGCCCAUGAAGGGCAUCAAGAUGCAGAUGGCGGUGUAG